AUGAUUGAACGAACAGUCGCGGCUUUAGAGUCGCGCAGUCUUCAUCGAAUAAUCCACAGGUCCUCGAAUCCAUCUCGAAAGCUGCAUGCAGGGUUCUGGCAACAUGGCGCUGCUGCUAUCGACCUCGCUGGCUCUUUUCCCGGCUCAGUAAGGACCGUCGACGCUGCAACCCCAGAACCAGAAACAAAGCAACGGCAAGCAAAUCUGUUUGCAUCUGUUUUGAUGCUCGAUUUUCUGUACCCGACCUCAACUCUACCUCUCCUACGCCGCCUAUAUCAUGACCUACCCAAUCCUCAAUAUGCGCAGCGCACAGCAAUCGUUCCCAGUAGACGAGCUUACUCUUCGAUAACAUCUCCACCUCCGCCUCCAGAUAAAAAAACAGCAACAGAUCGAGCCGCGUGGCCUGACAAUGACUUAACCCUCAACGAGCCCCAACCCGAGGGGGGCACGAGUAUACAAGUUGGGACCGAGACUGUAAUUCCAAACAAAGGCCAGACAGACUUGCAGUUGCUCCAGAGAAUUAUGAAUACAAAAGGGCGUCACUUUCAGCAAGCUUGGGAUUUAUACUCUGGAAUGGACAACGAUGAACGACGCGAUGUGCGCGGCGCUCUGGUCAGCUAUCUCUCCCAAUCCCACAGCAUUGUCGAGACAGGACGAGCCCUCUCACUCUUUCGCCAAAUCCCCCCGACCGACUGGAGUAAUCAACUACUGUAUUCGGGAAUCCUUCUUCUUUUGCGAUCCGGGGACCUACCAGGGGCCGUGGAGGCUUUCAAAACUGGACUCAAGUCUGGCGGGUUGAACCAUGGUCUCGAGUUUCUGAUGGCUGACACCAUCAACUCUAGAAAUUGGCUAGUAGCUCUAGAUGUUUGGACUUCAUAUUACAAGAGCGAGGCAAAAAGAAAUCCCCGUGCAAGGCCAAAUCUAGAACGAUUGGUACAGCUUGGGACCCUUACUCAAAAAGGAGACCUCUACUUCGCCUUCAGGGCUUACUUAGUUGACGAAGGUAAAGACCAAUUCAAAAGUAUCCAGAAGGACGUGGUUGCCAAGAGAGCUCUCUCUGCCUUACGGAGAUUUUUUGCCACUUUGGCUCUCCGAGAGCCAUGUCGCCCGGACCAAGCGAAGAUUAUUCUCGAGGCUCUUGGCGACAACCAUGAGUACAACACAUAUUUGAAUACCAUGUUUAAUCGUUGGUAUGAUAAAUUAGAAGAUAGAUACACCAUGGAACAGCUUCCCGCCAUUUACCAGAAUCAACGGAAAUUGCCAGAUGCAUCACCCGCUAUGCCUGUGUACCGCGGCCUGUUCAAGGUAAAUUUUCCUAAAAAUAGGGCCAGACUGGAAGAAUUACACCAUGACUGGGUCCGGUUCAAAGGCGGCUUGAACCAAUGGGGCUACGAAAAGUUUCUCAAGUACUACGCAUCAAGAGGCGACGUGCCAUCGGUUAAGGGGCUCUGGGCUCAGUUCACAAAAGCGUACCCAGAGCUACUUAGGGAAUCCCGAGGAUUCAACAGUUUAGUCAACGUCUAUGCUCAAGUAGGAGACGUUGAGGGUGUUAAGAAAGUGCUCAAAACAAUGGUUGAGGAGUAUAAUGUUCAGCCGGAUCUUGACCACUGGAACAUGCUGCUCAAGGCUUACAUGAGAACCAAUGACUAUGACGGCGUUUUGGACCUAUUCGAUCAAAUCUCGAGCCAACACGAGCCAGACUCGUAUACGUAUGCCCACGUCAUGGCAAUGAGCUCCAAGAAGGGUGAUCUGGAUACAACUCUGGAGUAUUUCACCAAGUCUCAAGAAGCCGGUGUGCCCAUCACAAAGGAAAUGGGAUUGUCUUUGGUAGUGGCUUACGGUCGAAAUGGUCAACUUCUUGAGGCAGAAAGCUUGUGUAUCGAGAUGACCCACCGCAAGAUUGCUUCCCAAGCCAUCUGGAACCAGCUCCUCAACUUCAACGGCGUUGAGGGAAAGAUUGAUAAGGUGUAUGAGUUACUCCGGCGUAUGAAGGAACUUAGAGUUGAAUGGGAUGAUGAGACAUAUCAAUUUCUUCUCCAAGCUCUCGUCAGGGUCAACAGGAUUCACCCUGCAUACCAUCUCUUGCAGCGCGCUGUCAACGAACGCUUGUUUCUGGUCACUCCAGAACAUUAUGCUAUCGUCAUGGCUACGGGUGCGCGUCUCGGAGAAGCCCAACUCGUGGAGAAUCUCUUCCACCAGCUUCAGAAAUCAGAGUUGCCUGUGACUUUCAGCGCUUUGGUUGCUUUGGUCACUUCUGCCGCCAAAAAGAAGCCUGGCGCUGACCGAACGAGGGGAUUGGCAAAUGAAUUCGUCGAGUACUUCCGCCAGGCGGCCGAGGCUGCCAAGUCGGGCAAACCCCCGUCUGAAGAUUUCGCAGAUGCAACCAACGUCGCGGACCUCAAGCUCUCAACUCCCGAGAUCGGCCGAGCAAUUGCCCUACUUGUCGAACUUCGAGAAUUCGGCUCAGUUGAAGAGCUGAUGGGCUUGUUUGUUCAGAUCUUUCCUCAAUAUCAGGCCGGACAACGAUUCCCGCCUGAGAUAAUGUCUGCUUUAAUGCAUGCACAUUACGCGGACCAAAAUUACGACAAGGUUCUGGAACUUUGGGAGAAGACAUGGCAAGAUGUUUACGAUUCCAGCCGGAAACGCUCAGGCGAUGGUAUUGCUGGUGGUACUGAAUACGAUUUGUGCCGUGUCGUAGAUGUAAUGGCAAGGGCAUAUGCAGAGAAGGAAGAUGUAAAAGGCUUGAGCGACACUAUCGACAAGGUCAUUGCAGCAGGCUUCAAGCUCACUCGGCCAAACUGGGUAAUCAUCAUUCGCAGCCUCUCUGAGCUGGGCAGGUGGGAGCGCGCGAUGGACUGGUGCGAGACACUCUUAAUGCCUGGUUGGGAUGGCUGGGCCUACAAACGUGACAUUCCAGCAAAGAGGCGAAACACUCGAAUGUUGCAACCACCCCACAAACUCGUCUUGCGUCUGCAGCAAAAAUGGCUGGAGAUGCGCAAGAUGGCGGCUUGGGCUCCAGAUGUCUCCCGUGUCGUCUCUAUGGUAGAGGAGAAAUACCCUCGGCUAUACCACGCCUUUACCACCUCAGAGAUUGACUCUAUGCCUACCAAGUACUCUGUCAAUGGCAAAGAGAUUUCAGCCGGUGAGCUCGACGGUGUACUGCAGGGUCUACCUUAUCAGUCACUACUGAAGGUGAAGGAGAACAUGAAGCGAGAACUGGAAAAGGAAAAGAAGCGUGAGAGAAGCCUGGGAACACCCAAAGACACUAUGGACAAGGCAGAGUGGAAGCGAAUGUUGCACGACAAGGUUCAUAGAUACUCCAAGAUGUGGUUCUCUGCGCGCAAGAGGGCCUACGAUGAACAGUUGACCAACCUGCGAGGAUUCGAAUCCACGGCAAACAUCAGUAUUGAAGCAACAGACAUGGCACAGGAGGACGCAGACCAUCAAUCAACUCGUGAGCAAUUUGCUUACUGGAACGAGUUUUGGGAUCGCUAUGACCAGCGCCGCCAUGGCGACACGAGGGGGAAGCCGGCCCGUCCUUCAGGAUUCCACAGAAAGAAUCCUUUGGAAGUGCAAAAGAUAAGAGAGUGGCGGAAUAACAACCGCUCAGGGCGCAACACUGAUGAUGAAUGA